AUGUUUGAUGAUUCUCCUCCAUCUGGAUGUACACCAGAAGAAAUUGAACAAUGGUAUGAUGCUGUUCGACAGAGUCGAUGUUUUUGGACUUAUGAAUUAGUUCCUCCUCCUACUUCAACCCCUACGACAACUAAUCAACCAUUUACUACAACUGCAACAACAACAACAACAACAACAGAAAAUACAAGAACAGGAUUGAAAUGUGGUGAAUGCUUGAUGAAGGAACAAAUUGAAAAGUUAGCCUCACAUGAAUGUAAAGUGUGUGGAAACAACAAGUAUUUGUGCUCUUAUCAUGCAGAAGUGCAUACACUCAAAACAGGACAUCAGACCAGUGUAAUGGAGUAA